AUGGAGGAGAUUGCUCUGUGCGGAGCUUCCGAAGUGGCAAAGUGCCUGGUGGCUCCGAUCGGUCGGCACUGCGGCUACGUAAUGUCCUCCGACCGCUACGUUCGCCAACUUAAUGAUGAAGUCAAGAACCUGGGUGACACGAGGGAUGAGGUGCAGCAUUCCAUCGAUGAAGCUCGAAACAACAUGAAGCCGAUCAAACCCAGGGUCGAGAGAUGGGUGAACGACGUGGAGACCGUCGCUAAUGAGGCGCGUGACGUGCUGGAUUACGACGGAAGAGCUAAGAAAACUUGCUUCUAUGGGUGGCUUCCCAACCCAAAGGCGCGAUAUCAUCUCGGCAAAAAGGCGAGCAGGACGGUCAAGGACAUCCAGGCACUCAUGGCAGGGGGUCAAUUCGAGAAGGUUGACUUCGAGAAUCCUCCGCCAGGGCUUGUUGGCGCUGCUCUCGACGUGAAUUCGUUGGCCGGUGAUGGGGGCGACUUUAUCACCGAUUCGCGAGCUUCCAUCUUUCAGGGCAUAAUGAAAGCUCUGAAUGAUGAGAAGGUGAAAGUGGUUGGGGUCUACGGGCCUGGCGGCGUGGGGAAGACUACUCUAUUGGAGAUAGUCGAGGAGAAACUCAAUAAAGAGGGGACACCGUUCCACAUGAUCGUCAAAUCGAAAGUCUCGCAGACUCCAGACUUGACGAAAAUCCAAUUCGAUAUAGCUUACGCCUUGGGCCUAAAAGAUCUGAAGGAUGAGCCGAGUGAAGAGGGAAGGAGAGAUCUUCUGUUCAAGAGAUUACAGAUGGAUCCGAGUGAGAAGGUUCUCAUAAUAUUGGACGAUAUGUGGGGAGCACUUGAUUUGAAGAUGGUUGGAAUUCCUCUGGGAGAUGAGAGCAGGAACUGCAAAUUGUUGCUUACUUCGAGAGAUAAAAGUGUGCUGGAGCAAAAGCUGCAUGCCGAACAAACAUUUCGUCUUGAAGGUUUAAGCGACGAAGAAGCUUGCAUGCUAUUUGCAAAGAUAGUCCGCGACAAGCUCAAAGACAAUGAGGAAUUGAUACUAAAGGCGGUUCAAGUGGUAAUGAAGCUUGCAGGUUUGCCUCUUUUGAUUACCUCCGUUGCAAGUACCUUAAGAUGUAGCGAUGUGUCCACAUGGGAGAACAUGAUAAUAAAAAUAGAAGACCCAAAUAUUGAGAGAAUAGUGAAGUGGAGUUACGACCAUUUGGAGAGUGAGGACGCCAAAUGCUUAUUCUUGCUUUGCGGUCUAAUUGGUGGGACCAUUCAAGUCGAAUGUCUACUGGGAAUAGGCAUGGGUUUGGGCUUGUUUGAGGGAUUCAACAACACAGUACAAGAUUCAAGGAAUAGAUUGAAUAAGCUGCUCGAUAAACUCCGUUCCACUUGUCUGUUGCUGGAUGGUGGUGACGACAAGGAAAAUGUGACCAUACAUGAUCUUUACAGCGAGGUGGUCGUCUCAACUACAUUUAGUGGUCAGCAUUCCUUAAUGAUGAACAGCAAUUAUGGCUCAUGGCCCAAGGAAAACCUUGAGAAAUGUUGGGCAAUUCGCCAAGUUGAUGUUGGCAGAGAUAAGCUUGCUGUAUUAAUGCGGUGUGUGUUUCCUGAAUUGAAGAUACUCAUGUUGUCUCAACCGGAAAAUUGGAAGGGGAGACCUGCACACCGACAUGAUCAGGAAGAUUGCUGUAGACUAGAUUUCACAUACAUGAAGGAGCUCCGAGUCCUAUAUCUCCGCACCAUGCAUAUCACCACUUUACCUUCCUCUAUGGAAAUCCUCGGGAACCUGUGCUCGUUAUAUUUAGACCAUUGCAAGGUGGGAGAUGUGGCAAAUCUUGGCAAGCUCAAAGCAUUGCAGAUUCUUAGCUUUGUAGGAUCUAAAAUUUCUAGGCUGCCUAAAGAUAUCGGGGAGUUGACGAAUCUGAGAUCGUUGAAUCUAAGUGACUGCUACUCGCUUAAGAUAAUCGAGCCUGGAGCUCUAAAAGGCUUAAUCAACUUGGAAGAGUUACUUAUGAAGGGAAGCUUUGAUCGAUGGAUGGGCAGGGAUGAAAUAUCAUCGAAAUUGUGUAAUGCUGGGCUUGCCGAGUUGAAGAGCUUGAGAAAGAUAGCAUCUCUAGAAAUAUCGAUCCGUGAUCCCACCAUACUCUUGGAGGAUGAUGACCUGCCAUUUGGGAACCUAAGCAAAUUUUGGAUCGAGAUAGGAAUUGUUUGUAUCACCUUUGAUCCAAAAGGAAAUGUUGAUGGGAGAGAAUUUGAAGGUUCGAGAACUAUGAAGCUCAAUUUGGAAGGGUGCGAUAGUAUUCUUUCAGGAAAAUGGAUUCAGCAAAUUCUACAGAAGACUCAAUACUUAUAUUUAUGCAAGUUGAGUGGGUUCAAAAAGAGCACGCACGAGUUGUGCACCCAAGGAUUCCGAGAAGGGAAGUACCUCAAAAUUAAAGACAGCCCCUCAAUCAAGUACAUUGCCAAUUCAUUUCAUGGCCUCCCUCUCACUGCUUUUAGGAAGUUAGAGUCAUUGUUCCUUGAAAAUCUUAUUGAUUUGGAGAAGAUAUGCCAUGGCCCCAUCGAACCAGAGUGUUUCAGCAAAUUGAAAGUCGUGAGUGUCAAACAUUGCGAUCGAUUGAAAUACUUGUGGUAUCUUUCAGAUAUACGAAGACUCGUACAGCUGGAAGAGAUCGAAGUGUGUAAAUGUAACUCAUUGCAAUCCAUUGUCACACAUGAUGCGGGAGAAGAUAUUGUUUCUACCAAUAACAAUGUUGACUUGCCUAAUGUACACCGUCUGAUAUUGCGAGAGUUACCAAAUAUGACAAGCUUUUGCAGCAAAGCUGAAAGGACAUUAGAGGAUAGUCCAAUCCAGGUUUCAUUGCCUCGCUUGGAAUCCCUAGUAAUGGUUGGACUCCUUGGCCUAGAAAAGAUACUCUACGGUGAACCCUCAAUAAAAUACAAUGGUCUGAAAUCGCUAAAGAUAGAAGAAUCUAAAUCCACGUUGAGUAUUCCGAAAGAUUGGAUACUAAAGCUGCCAAAUUUGGAGUCAAUGGAAAUUGCGGGCUCUCCAUCAUUAGAAGUAGUUUUCGACUUGGAGGAACUAAAAGUCAUUGGAGAAGUUGAGAUUCUCUCUUGGCUAAGUACAUUGGAGUUAUCUAAGCUGCCAAACUUGCGGUGCGUGUGGAAACAAGAUGUACGAUUGCAAGGAAUAUCGAUAUUUCGGAACUUGAAGAAGCUCUCUAUCAACGAUACGGGGCUAUCAUUUCUCUUUCCGGUGUCUAUGACUAAAUAUCUUAGAGAAAUUAGAGACAUUGAAGUGGAGGAUUGUCCAAAUAUGAAGGUAGUGAUUGUGGAUGAAGAAGGAAGAGAUGAAGAGAUGGAUGAUAUUUUAGAGUUCCCAUUAUUGGAACGACUAUCUAUAAGCCGCUGUCCCACGGAGAAAUUCUUCUCAUAUUCUCACGGAAAAAAAGAGUUAAUAACCACCACUUCAGAUUCACAUGAUACUUAUUUUGAUUUCUUCAUUGAUCAAAAGAUAAGUUUACCAAGCUUGGAGAAGUUAAAACUCUACUCGGUAGGAUCCUUCAACAAAUUAGCCAACUUCACCCUGAAACAAGAUGUACAAUUAGAAGGAAUAUCAAUAUUUCAGAACUUAGAGAAGCUCUAUGUCUAUGAUAUGGGGCUAUCAUUUCUCUUUUCGGUGUCUGUGGCUAAAUGUCUUAGAGAAAUUAGAGACAUUACAGUGAAGGACUGUCCAAAUAUGAAGGCGGUAAUUGUGGAUGAAGAAGGAAGAGAUGAAGGGACAGUUGAUAUUAUAGAGUUCCCACUAUUGAAUCGACUGACUAUAAGCUGCUGUCCCAUAGAGAAAUUCUUCUCAUAUCCUCAUGGAAAAAAAGAGUCAAUAACCACUACUUCAAAUUCACAAGAUACUUAUUCUAAUUCCUUCUUUGAUCAAAAGGUUAGUUUACCAAGCUUGGAGCAUGUAGACCUUUGCUCCGUAGGAUCCUUCAAAAGGAUAUGGCACGAUGAACUUCCCAAAAGUUCUUUCUGCGAAUUAGGCACCCUCACCCUUGAAAAUUGUUUUGGGCUACUCAUCGUCUUCCCUUCGACAAUCAUAGGAAGAUUGCACAACCUGAAAGAAGUAAAAGUUUCAAACUUGAAAUGCUUGGAAUCAUUAUUUGACUGUGGAUCCCUUGGUUCAAAUAUGGAAAGAGAACUUGUGUCGCUCCCCAAAUUGGAGAGAGUAGAGGUGAGAGGAGCAAGAAGGCUCAAACACAUGGUGAAGAGCGACUCUCACAUGGUUUUGGGUUUUCCUAGUCUAACAAAAGUCGAGGUUAAAAAUUGUUCCGAGCUAACAUAUCUUUUCCCCAAUUAUACGGCCACAACUUUAGGGAAACUUGAGGGCUUGCAGAUUAGUGAAUGCGAACGUAUGAAGGAAGUGGUUCCCAAGGAAGAAGGGGAUCAAUCAAAGUCGGAAGUGAUUAGUUUCCCUUGCUUAAGUGACUUAUCACUUCAGAAGCUUGAUAACCUAAUUUGUUUCAGCUCAGGAUGUUGUUCGUAUGAUUUUGCCUCCUUAAGAAGUCUAAGAAUUUGGGAGUGCCGUAACUUUGGAGCAUUCAUCCCAAGUACUACAAGUGUCGAGAGGCCAUUAAGCAAGAUGGCAGGAGAGGAUGAUGAGUUGCCACAAACCUUGUUCAAUGAGAUGGUUACAUUUCCCAAUGUAAGAAGUCUAGAAAUUAAAGGCCCUCAGUGCAAAGAUCUAUGGAACAAUCAAAUUCCCACCGAUUCCUUUUGGAAAUUGAAAUAUCUUGAUUUGGAGUGCUGUGACAAUCUCCAACGUAUUGCCCCAUCCCAUAUGUGGAAGAGGCUACAGUGUUGUCUUGAGAAUCUAAAAGUGAUUUCAUGCUCUUCGAUCGAGAUAAUAUACGAAGGUGGUGGGAUGGAUAUAGAGGAUGGUGAAUUGAGAUGGCUGGUUUUGUGUGAUCUCAAGAACUUGAGGCACAUUUGGCAAUCCGAUGGUCUCCCAAACGUCCCAUUCCCAAACUUAAGAGACAUAGAGAUUGUGAGGUGCCCCCAUUUGGAAAUGGUUUUCACUACCUUCACGGUGAAAUUUCUCGGACAAAUCGAAGAGCUAAUGGUGGAGUCAUGUGAAGAUAUGAAACAAAUUGCUGGCCAUGAAAAAGCAGAAGAAGCAACUGGCACGACAAUCACCUUCUCCGAGCUAACUGUUCUUGGACUUCUCGAGUUGCCGAAAUUCAAGAGCUUCUUACUUGAGAGAUACUCUUUGAAAUUCCCGUGCCCUGAGAACUGCCCAUCCUUGCGAGACUUGAGUAUAGUAAGUUGUGGAACAAAGCCAGACCAAGCCCUUGGUGACUAG